AUGCCAGUCACAGAACUUGCUCUAUUCCAUUUCAAGAACAACAAGAGCAUCGACUCUCCAGAAAACGAGGCAGUCAAAGCAAAGCUUUUAUCAGGAAUUAAAGACCAGGCGUCCUACGCCUCGUAUCCCGUCUAUCUCCUGACCCAGGUAGAAGAUCCAUCUUACUUGUAUCUUGUCGGUGGCUGGGAAUCUGUGGAAACACAUAUGGAAAAAUGGAUUCCGUCAAAGACGAACCAAGAUAUUAUGUUACAGCUACAGGACAACUUGGAAGUAGCCUGGUUACAGCAUCUUGAUGUCAGUCCUGGUACUCUAUCUCCGGAUUCAGUCAAUCUUGAAAGUGAAUGUUCAGGCAUUCCGUUGGCUGCACCAGUGAUUGCCAUCAGUCGCUAUUUCAUAAAUCCUCUGAAAAGGGGAGAUUUUCAGAGUACACUUGCCACAAACAAACACCAUCUUCUUGAAUUUACUAAAGCGUCGAGUAUUGGAGGUGGAUGGAGAUUGGAUCCGGAGAAGACCGAGGACGUGGAGACCAAUAUGAAGGACGAAUUUGUGCUCUUCAGUGGUUGGGGUGCUAUUGAAAACCACCUCAAAUUUGCAGAGACAGAAAGUUUCAAGGAAUUUGGCAAGAUCAAAGGUUAUCUCGAGGGAGCAGAGAUUAAGCAUGCUCGAAGGCCAUCAAAUGUUGCUGCGGUAUAA